CCAUGGGACCUUGUUGAUAACGGUUUACAUAUGAGUCCAUUUAACCAAUUAAUAUUUUUCUCUGAAAAUAAAUUCCUCCUCGUAGAUAUUCGAGUUCUUCUUCUUCGCAAGCGUAACCAGAAGUGUCACAACUGUUAACUCUUAUCCAUUUUUAAUACUCCACCUAUCACCAUUUUCACUUUUCAAAAAAAUGCUUCUUUCAUGUCAAAAUCACACUCUUUACCUUCCUUCUUCUUCUAUCCAUUCCUCAAAGAACUCAAAACCCAACAUUAUCAUCAAUUGCCAAAACCCAAAUGAACAAAACCAAAACCAACCCAUUCCCAGAAGACACAAUUCAAAAUCUACAUCCUUUCUCAUCCACCAUCUUUCACACAAAAACAGCGACAAUCCUCACCCUUCACCUACCGAGCUACAAGACCCAACACCGCACGAAGAAAAAGUGAAGCUUUUAGAACUUUCCUUAGUAAGAAAAAGAACCCCACAAUUUCCUGGUUCAAUUUAUGCCCAAUCCCCUUCCGACUCUGAUGUGGGUUCUUCUCUUCCUCCUCUUCGUACCCUUUUUAAAUCGCGUGAUGAAGAAGAAGAAGAGGUCAUGAUUAUGAAAGCUCUUGAAAUUCGUAGGAAGGUUACUCAAGAGGUUUUCAAAGAAGCUAUGAUAAAGGGUAAAUUUGGAAUUACUUAUAUAGAGAAUUUGGUUUCUAGGUUGGGUGGUUUCAUUGAUUUUGUUAUGAUUGAAGCUGCUAACUUGAAAAGAUUGCCUCAAUAUUCUCAUUCUAGUUUCAAUUUACGCGCCAAAACUGUUAUUGAAGAUUCUCAAGUUGUGCAACUUGUUAGAUGGUUGAAGCAUAAUUCUCUAUCGUAUCCUCAAAUAGCUAAGCUGAUUUUGAUGUCGAGGGGGAAACUUGAGUCCAUAAGGAACCGUAGUGAGUGGUUGAAGUCGGUGCUCGUUAAGGGGGACUUUAUUGGGGAGGCAAUGUUGAAGGGUGGAGAUAAUAUUUUGCUGCGGAGUGAUAGGGAACUUGAUGAGAUUGUUGAGUGUUUAGAGUCCAAUGGUGUAAGGAGGGAAUGGAUGGGAUAUGUUGUGAGUCGGUGUCCGAAGUUGUUAUCGUACAGCUUGGAAGAAGUGAAGAUCCGUGUGCAGUUCUAUCUGGAUAUGGGUCUAGAUGAGAAGGAUUUCGGUACCAUGGUUUUCGAUUUUCCUAAAGCACUUGGUUACUAUACUCUGGAAGAAAUGAACCGAAAGGUUGAUUACUUGAAAGAAUUCGGGCUUGAUAGUAAGGAUGUUGGUAAGUUGCUUGCAUUUAGGCCACAAUUAAUGGCGUGCAGCAUUGAAGAACAAUGGAAACCUCUUGUUAAGUAUCUGUACUAUUAUGGGAUUACCCGAGAUGGGAUGAAGAGAAUGCUUACCAUUAAACCAAUGGUCUUUUGUGUUGACUUGGAGAUGACUAUUGUGCCAAAGGUAAAGUUUUUUCAGGACCUAGGUGUUCGAAAUGACGGGAUUGCUAACAUGCUUGUAAAAUUUCCUACCCUACUCACCUACAGCCUGCACAAGAAGAUUAGGCCUGUGGUCAUAUUCUUGAUGACCAAGGCUGGAGUCACUGAAGAAUCUAUUGCAAAGGUUGUAGCUCUUGGACCUGAGCUCUUGGGAUGCAGCAUAGUACAUAAGCUCGAAGUAAAUGUAAAAUAUCAUUUGUCUCUUGGCAUACGUCUUCGGCAACUGGGUGAAAUGGUCGCUGAUUUCCCAAUGCUGCUGAGAUAUAAUAUAGAUGUUCUGCGUCCUAAGUAUAUUUAUUUGCGGAAAACUAUGGUCCGAACUUUACAAGAUCUCAUUCAGUUUCCGAGGUUUUUCAGCUAUUCCCUCGAGGGUCGAAUAAUCCCAAGACACAAGGUUCUGGUGGAGAAUCAGAUAAAUGUCAAGCUAAAAUGCAUGUUAGCUUGUACAGAUGAAGAAUUUAACAAAAUGGUCAAGAAUAUGAUUCAAAAACGCCACAAAUGUCAAUCUACUGUCAUGAAGGAGAAUAAUCCGCAUCCCCAGUCUCACGCUACUGGGGAUAUUACUACACACCAGACGUAAAAAGCAAAACUGAUAGCUCUGUGGGAAACAUAACGUGAUUGAGUUUCGAGAAGUAAAGCAAUGUGGUAACUUUGUCUUAUUAACUUCAUCAGUCAGACUAGUAAUUGUCGUAAAAUCGUGAUUAUUUUUCUCAAAGACGGGAUGUCAAAUGACUCUGUAGCAACUGGUAUAGUGCCGGAGAAACAUCUCAGUAAAGGAGUGCCUCUGUCAUGGUAAAAGAAAAAAAAAAAGCUUGCAACUUGUCAUUCACUGCAACACUUGUGAAAAUAGAGUUGCUGCAGAGUGUGUCAAUGAAACAUGCCACUAUGAAGUGUUCCAAUGAAUAGAAUUGUGGAGAGCAGACCUGUGUACUUCUUGCUAUGUCAGAGAUGCUUUAAGGUAUAUGCUCUAAACACACUUAGAUGUACAUGUUGUACUAGUUAUCAUAUUUAUUUUUGUCAAAGGACUUUGCUUUCACAGAUAGUCUGGUUCGAUUGACUUAUUUAAAUUUAUCUACUGACAUACACACUUGAGAGAUUUGUAUAGGAGAGCUCAUGGAAAAAGUUUGUGACUGUCCGUAAGUUGUUUUCAGCUUUUUUUCAUAAACUAUCUAAGAUAGUUUAUAAUGUAUCGUUUAUAUGAAAAUAAUUUGAACUUAAUUUGUCAUUUGUUAUUGAAACCGCUUAUAAAUAAGCACUUGUAAGAUAAAUGUUCAUGCUGUAAGCCCUCUAAAUUAAGCCGGUUAUCUGUUUCAACUUCCACACAAACUCUAAUUUAUUCCUGCUCAUCUUUUUCCAUGAUAUUCUAGACUUGUUAUUUUUCCUGGUAUGAUGCCUUGAGUCCUAUAUACUGGUUGAACAUCAAACUCAUCCUAUCUCCUGAAAAAUCAACGCUGGAAUUUAUAUUUAA